AUGCGGCUUACAUUAGAGUCUGUACGUGAGUUGAUCAUGAAAGAUGAAUCUGACGUGGUGAUUAAUAGUGUAGAAGAAGAACCAGGAUCAGGAAGAGGAGAUAAUUAUACAUCAAUGUUAUACCGUGUUCGUGCAAAAGGCAAGAAACAAUUGAAAAGUGGAGAAUGGGAUAAUUGGGAACGUGCAAUAAUUUAUAAAGUUUUGCCACAAUCAAAAGAACGCAGGGAAGCUUUCAAAAGUGAACUGCUAUUUCGUAAUGAAGUAGCAUUCUAUACAUACGUUUGGCCUGCUUUAAAUCAGUUGCAGAUAAAUGGUAAAAAAGUUUUUAAUGGCAUUGCUAAAGUGUAUGCUGCAAGAGCUGAAAUAAUAGCAAUGGAAGAUUUGAGGGAAAGAGGUUUUAAAAUGGCAGAUAGACGAAAAGGUCUCAAAUUUGAACAUUUAAAGCUUGUAUUGAAGGCUCUGGCUGGUUUUCAUGCACUUAGUCUUACAUUAAGGGAAACAAGACCGGAAGAAUUCUUAAAAUUAUCAAGUCCAAAUGAUGGUAAAGGCAUACAAGAAGUACUGUUUCGUAUUGAAAAUGAAGAUUGGUAUCGACAAUAUUACAAGACUGCAGCAAAUAAUGCCAUAAGAAUGGUAUCCGAUGGUCUUCCUGCAUGUAUGGAACACAGGAGAGAAGAAAUUAUGGAGAAGUUGAAUGCUUUUCUAAAUGACAGUGUCUUUUUUCGUACAAUGAGCGAACUUGCAGCGGCACAGGGUCCACUCACUGUAUUCUGCCAUGGUGAUUGUUGGAUUAAUAAUAUCCUUUUCCGAGAUCAACAAGAUUCAGAAACCGAAGACAUUUAUUUAGUUGAUUUUCAACUAAGUCGAGUUGGUUCACUUGCUCUUGAUCUUGCAAAUUUACUGUACUGCUGUACAAGUGGAGAAGUUAGGCAGACAUACAUGACACAACUGCUUCAACAUUAUCAUUUUCACUUGAUGUCAUCGCUGCAUAUACUUAAUCCAGAGCAACCACCAAAAAAUGCUUCUAUUAUAUGGGACUUACUGAAUAAAGAGAUGCGAAGAUGUGGACGAUUUGGUGUUGGUUUAGCUUUGGAUAUUUUGCCAAUUAGUACGUGUGCAAGCGAUGAAGCUCCAGAUUUAUAUGAAAGAGCAGAAGCUGGUAAAGAAGAACGCAAUACACGAGCACCACCACGACCACCACCACCAGGAGCUGAAUGUGCUCGAUUGAUGACUGAUUUAGUUUUGGAAUUAAUACACAAUCAUGCUUUAUAGACUGAUCGUAAAAAUACCAAGAAAUGAAAUACUUUAUAGUAUUAUAAUAAGUAUUAAAAAUGCUUACUAUUAUUUUUAUGGCUUUAUAGUUUACAAUGAUUGAUUGUAAUGUAGACACUAAUGGAUUAUUUGUGUUGUAUGUAUUUAUAUAUGCAAAAUUUACAAGCGCUAAGGAAUAAUUUGAUUGAAACAAGAUAUUUAAUUAACAAUAUCUUUUUUCUUUUAAACACAAAACUUUUCAAAAUAAAAUUGAUGUAAUAGCAGCUUCUAUUCAUA